AUGCCAGCAUUGCAUAUACAUGCAUUUUCAGCCACUUACCGCGCUAAAUUACAGCCAUCCCCAUUGGGUCCAAGCUGCAAGUGCGCAGAUCGGAACUUUCCUGACCCGCCUCAUGUAAUUGUCCACCACGGCUUUACCUUUAAGCUUGGCAAGAAAUUGGGAGAGGGCGGAUUUGCAAAGUGUUUCGAGGUCAUCGACGAGCUUUCCGGAAAGCGACUAGCAUUGAAGGCCAUUUUCCUGGAUUCUGUGGUCAAGCUCAAAGCGCAAAGCAAGGCACGAUUGGCUGUUCUUACAAAUAGGUACAAACUGCGUCGUAAUUUCAGCUGCUCAAUGAGAUUGAAAUUCACCAAUUACUCGACCAUCGACACAUUGUCAAGCUUUAUAGAGUUUUUCACGAUGAGCGCUACAUCUACCUGCUGA